UCCUGAACCUUCUCUCUUCUACUCGACUAAGCAGUUCAGAUACGAACGCGGAUCCACGCGACGACGACAACGACAUAGUCGUAGACCUUUCAUUGCUAACGCGCGUACGUUUCAUAAAACGCUACAAGAUUUGCGGGAUGCGGCGUAAACGAGGAAUAAGUAAAUUGUUAACAACGCUACUCGUGUUUCUGGGAUUCCUAGGAAUCACAAGGGUCUCGUCCGAAAUUACGUCUGACGUUCAGCUGAUUCCUGAAUCAUCUAUUUCUGAUCGUUGGUACAACGAGUUCCAUCGAGAAGAGGAUGACGCGAUCGUUGUCGAAGUUGAUACAAUUGAUCCUUCAUCUCUGUCGAGAGAUGGUCGAAGCAUCCUUUGGAGUGGAUCCGCAGAGCGUGGUAGCUGUCUUACAUCUAAAGGUGAAAUUGGACGAUGCACUACAUUCAAGGAAUGUUAUCCCUAUUUCAAAAUACCUGAUCUUGGUGCUCUCGAUGGUUGGGUUCUUGGAGUUUACGAUACCUGCAGUUUCAUUCUUGAAGACGGCCGUACAAGUUUCGGAAUUUGUUGUUCCAACUUGAAUCCUACCGCUGUUCCCGGCGGGGAAAAUUGCGACGGUCAAAACGAGCAAAAUCCACAGAUAGAAGAUGCUAAAACCAAGGAAGAUGAAACGGGAACGGUAACAAGACCAAAACCGAUACCAACAGCCAGUUGGCCACCACCAUUACCAACUCAUUCACCGGAUAAUACAAUCCCACCUUUGCCCACUCAUCCUCCCUCUCACGGGUUAAUUUCACCGUCCACUUUGAAUCCCUCUACAACGAGUUCAAAAAAACCUGGUGUGCCAACAACGUGGCCAACGAAAAAACCGACUUGGUGGCCAGGUGCCCCAACGAUUUCGACAACGAACAAACCAAGCUCGACAACUUUCUCGUCGAUAGACUCAUCUCAAUGUGGAGCAAAGAAUGGUAAUCAAGAUCAAGAACGCAUUAUCGGUGGUAAGGAUGCUGAUCCUGAUGAAUGGCCAUGGAUCGCUGCACUCUUUAAUGCUGGACGUCAAUUUUGUGGCGGAUCUUUAAUUGACAAUAAACACAUACUUACUGCUGCUCAUUGUGUCGUUAACAUGAACUCUUGGGAUGUAGCAAGAUUAACGGUUCAUCUUGGAGAUUACAAUAUCAAGACGAACAGCGAGAUACGUCACAUUGAAAGACGCGUUAAACGAGUAGUAAGACACAGAAACUUUAACUCGCGUACUCUUUACAACGACGUAGCUAUUCUUACGAUGAGCGAGCCGGUCGAAUUUACGGAACAGAUUCGACCCAUUUGUUUGCCAAGUGGUUCGAAGCUUUAUACUGGAAUGACCGCAACUGUCAUCGGUUGGGGCUCCUUGAGAGAAAGUGGUCCCCAAGCAGCAAUACUUCAAGAAGUUUCAAUUCCAGUUUGGUCGAAUAAAGAAUGUAAAUUUAAAUACGGCGCUGCGGCACCCGGUGGUAUUGUCGACAGUUUCUUGUGCGCCGGACAGGCCGCUAUGGACUCCUGUUCGGGUGAUAGUGGAGGUCCUUUAAUGGUCAAUGACGGUCGUUGGACUCAAGUAGGUAUCGUUAGUUGGGGAAUCGGUUGUGGAAAAGGACAGUAUCCUGGUGUUUAUACAAGAGUAACGCAUUUUCUACCUUGGAUCUACAAGAAUCUUAAAUAAGUCACUGAUUUUCUAUUCCUCUCUCUAUUCACAUUUCAUUUAAAUAAUGUAAAAUCGUUAAAAAAAAAAAAAAAUACUAAGCGCAUUUUCCAUAUUUAAAUCCAAAUGACUUUAAAUGAAGAAGAAAAUCUUAAGAGAAAACAGAAAAUAUGACGUAUAUUCCAUCUCAUUUCGUAAAUUCUCAUCACAACAUUUAUCUCGUACAUAUUUUACGUAUUCUCUUACGGACGUUUCUAUUAUAGAUACUUGUGUAGACCGUACUCGUCGAUUGUAUGUAAUAACAAAAUAUUUUCAUAAUGAUCUACAUACACCAGUAUAUAAAAAUAAAAAUUAUAAUAAAACUAUAC